AUGAAUUUCAAGAAAGCCAACUCAAUGCCAAGCGCAGGAGCACUUCGAGCUAUUGGAGGCGGUGUCGCAAAGGCCGUAUCAUCCAGAUCAUCUACUCCUCAAGCUCGCCAACCAAAAGCUGCUUCCAAUGGUCCUGCAUCAAACACACCUCCAAAACCAAAUGCUCCUGUAAAGACUGAAAAGGACAAGCAGAGAGACGCUUGGAGAUCUGAAAGCAUGUUCAAAAUCAUUGAUCUCAUCAAGAGCGAAGACAGAGCCUUCAAGUUUGCAGAAGUGCAAUUACAUAUGGGUGGGCAACUCUGGAAUAAGGAUGCUCUGCUCAUGAAGUCACUCAAAGACAAGCUGAACGUUGAAGUAAAUGCUGACGGAGAAACUAUACGAUACAAGUGGAAGUACUCGAUCAAAACCAAGAAUGACUUGCUCCAAGUGCUCAAAACACACCAUAACAAGGGUGUUGUAAGGGUAGAAGAAGAUCUAGCUGCCAACGCUUUCUGCAAAUCAUUGGGUGCAUUCGCUGAAGAUUUGGCACAAGACGGGUGGGUCAGAAUCUUGUCACGACAAAAGGGGACUGGCAAUCCGGCCAGUAUAUGGUAUGAUCCUUGGUCUCAGACUGAUCUUGCACUAUGGGAGUCGAUGCGAGUGGAUCCUGAACAUGUUGACGAAGAGUUGAAGAAGCUCGAGUUGACAACGAUCGCAGUCGCCGAGCAACCAAAAGCAAAGGCACCUGAACCAACAAAGAAGAAGGGGAAGGGCAGUCGUGGGAUGCGGGGAGUCAAACUCAUGAACACUCAUUUGACCCUCGACUGGUUGGAAUUCAUGCAAGCGCCAACACGCAAAUAA